AAAUAUUUCCUUGAAAAAACUUUUUAUUAGUUGAGUUUCUGUAACUCCUCCGUUCCUGUGAGUCCAAAGCCACGGCCAUCUUCGGCGUCAUUAUAUCUGUAUUUGGCCUUCACCCUUUAUGGAAACCCACCGGUGCCGACGCAGAUCUUCUAGUUACAUUGGAAACCAAUAAGCACAUUCAGAGUUGGUUCCUUGAUCAUUGCGUUUCCCUUUUGUCGCUCAGGUUUUAGGGUUUAGGAAAAUCUAUUUGAAUUAUUUAUUGUUCUACCAGUUCGAGCUUAUUCUUACUAGCGACUCUGGACUUGUGAAAUUGUGACUCGGUAGGUUACCACUACAAUCUUUGCGUAGAUGGAUCCUUUUACUGAAGAGUUGCCUCAGUACAUACAUAUAAAUCAGAAUGAGUUUUUCAUGCGAAGGCACAAAAAGCAGAAGGAGGAGGAUAUUGCUAUAUGUGAAUGCAAAUAUGAUGCUGAUGACACUGACAGUGCAUGCGGGGAUAGCUGCUUGAAUGUUUUAACCAGCACAGAAUGCACCCCUGGUUAUUGCCCUUGUGAUAUCUUGUGCAAAAAUCAGAAAUUUCAGAAGUGUGAAUAUGCGAAAACAAAGUUGUUUAAAACUGAAGGCCGUGGAUGGGGUCUUUUGGCUGAUGAGGAUCUUAAGGCAGGACAAUUUGUCAUUGAAUACUGUGGAGAAGUUAUAUCAUGGAAGGAAGCCAAACGUAGAUCCCAGGCUUAUGAAGAUCAAGGCCUUAAAGAUGCAUUUAUCAUUUGCCUUAAUGCAUCUGAAUCUAUUGAUGCAACCAGGAAAGGAAGCCUUGCUAGAUUUAUAAACCAUUCCUGUCAACCGAAUUGUGAGACGAGAAAAUGGAAUGUGUUGGGGGAAAUAAGAGUUGGAAUAUUUGCAAAACAUGAUAUUCCUAUUGGAACUGAAUUAGCUUAUGAUUAUAAUUUUGAAUGGUUUGGAGGUGCAAAGGUUCGUUGCCUAUGUGGUGCUCUCAAAUGUUCAGGGUUCCUUGGAGCAAAAUCUCGUGGUUUUCAGGAGGAUACUUAUCUAUGGGAAGAUGAUGAUGAUAGGUACUCUGUUGAGAAAAUUCCUGUAUAUGAUUCUGCAGAGGAUGAACCAGUGUCAAAUGUUAAUGGACGAACUGAAUCCUCUUUAGAUGUGAUGCUUAAAGCUGAGCAACUAUCUGAGUCCACUGGUUUCAAUGUUCAGUCCCUUGAUUCAGUUCAGAUGAAAGAUUUAGAUGUCAAAAAGAUUAAGACUGAAGUAGCAGAUGAGGAUAUGCACUUGUACACCCACGAUACUGAACAGACGCUUUCACAAAAGAAUGCAAUGAUAUCACGAAUCCGAGGUAAUGCUGCAGGCAGAAACUAUCACAUUGGACCUAGGUCCAUUUCUACCAAAAGAUCAAGGACAUAUAAUGGCGGGAGGUUUAAAAAUCUCGUAGAGAAGAAAAUUGAUGCCAAGUUUGCUGCUGGCCUCCUAGCAUCCAAGGAAGCACAAGAGGAGAUUUUAAAUUUUGAGAAAAGAAAGGAUGAUGCUACAUCUACUCUUGAUUCCUUAUACGAUGAAAUACGGCCUGCUAUUGAGGAACACGAGAGGGAUAGCCAAGACAGUGUAUCCACCACUGUCGCAGAGAAGUGGAUACAGGCUUGCUGCCUAAAAUUGAAGGCUGAGUUUGAUCUCUACUCGUCAAUUGUGAAAAAUGUUGCUUGCACUGCGCAAAGGGCACCUGGACAAGCAAAACCUGCUGAAGUAGAUAAUGAAAACGAAAUUAAGUUCUUGACAGGUUGAAAUUCUCAUUUCAUUUUUUCGCAUUUGUAAUUUUCAACGUCACGGAAUAUGUGGCCAAAUUUGGGGGGAACUUUCUAAAAUUCGUUAAAUUGAGAAUCUAAGACUCUAUGAAUUGAUCUUUUCAAUAUUUAUUUAUUAUUUUUGCCUA